GCUCUGUCGUUGCGGAACAGGAGAAGAUAAGCAGAGAGAGAGAGAGAGAGAGAGAGAUCGAUCUUUGGUCAUAAGAAAAGAUCAAUUUUAAGGUUCGUUCCUUGUUUUUGGCGGGAAACAGAUUAGGGAUUCGCCGGUCAUGCCGUAUCUUGUGCGCGAUGGUUUGUUUAUUGGCAAUAUCGGUGACGCUGCUGAGAUUCUACAGAACGGGAGCACCGAAAUAACACAUAUUUUAUCGCUUUUAAGCUCUGCUUCGAUCUCUUUCUUUACUGAAUGGCGCUCUAGUAUUUCUAUCCCUACAAAAGAAAUCCGGAAGGUCUUUAAUGGAGGAUCUGGUAGUGGUUCAGGCUCUGAGGAUGAUGCCGGUGACAGUUCGAAGAGGGCGCUGGGACCAGAUAAGCUGCUUUACUCGCUUGAAUAUGCUGGGAAGGAUUUGAAAAUGGUGAGAAUGGCGGUUCCUUUGAGAGAUAUGGAGAGUGAGAAUUUAUUGGAUUACUUGGAUGUGUGUUUGGAUUACAUUGAUGAGAGUAGAAAAGAAGGAUCAGUUUUGGUGCAUUGCUUUGCAGGUGUUUCCAGAAGUGCCGCUAUCAUUACAGCAUAUCUGAUGAAAACUGAGCAACUAUCUCAAGAAGAUGCACUUGAAUCUUUACGCCAAAGCUGUGAGUUUGUUUGCCCCAAUGAUGGUUUUCUGGAACAGUUAAAAAUGUUUGAAGAAAUGGGUUUCAAUGUUGAUCCCGCAAGCCCCAUAUAUAAACGAUUUCGCUUGAAAGUAUUGGGUGAUUUGUAUAACCGCGGGGAGAAGAUUGACAGCUCCAAAUUUGGGCCUGAUCCUGGUGUGCCCUCCUCAGAAGUAGUCUCUUCGGAGGUAGUAGAAUCUCCAAAUGGAGAAGCUAAAUCCACUCCGGCUUACCGCUGUAAAAAGUGCCGUAGAGUUGUUGCAUUGGAAGAUAAUGUUGUUAGUCACAUACCAGGCGAGGGUGAGACAUCCUUCGAGUGGAAAAAGCGAAAAAGUGGAAAUCCCUUUAACAAGUUUGAUGAGCAUGAGUGCUCAUCUGUCUUUGUUGAGCCCCUUCGAUGGAUGACUACAGUUGAAGAAGGUGGGAUGGAAGGUAAACUGUCAUGCGCUCAUUGUGAGUCUCGGUUGGGUUACUUCAACUGGUCAGGCAUCCAGUGUAGCUGUGGGAGCUGGAUUACUCCAGCCUUUCAGAUUCACAAAAGCAGAGUAGACAUCAGCACUGUAUAGUAGCCCCUAGUGGAAAAUAUUAGCCAGAGGUUAUGGCUUUGUGCUUCAACUGAGGUAGCAAGGACAAGCCUAGCCCAUUCCUCAUACACAGCAAAUAGAGGAGGGCUAAAUGGAGCAAUCAAGUUCGAGAGCAUUUUCUGAAAUAAAACCUGAAUUUUGCAAUAUUCAGAAAACAGCCGAUGUAAAGAGUCAUUGCUCAACCAUCUUUUUAUGACCUCUUCUUGUAUGAUGGAGAUAUAUGAAUAGCAGCUAUAAGUACUGAUUGAUGAGACAUUGUCGUGGGAGAUUGCAGUUGAGGUAUGGUUUUGGUGCUUAAAUAACCAAACCAGUUUCUUCAUUCAGGUU